AUGCAACUCACCACCAUCCUCCCAAUUAUCCUAGCUGGCCUAACCACUGCACGCCCGGCCUCCCUCCAAUCCCAGACAAUCACCGACGACAUCAUCUGGAGCGUCUCCAACUUCACAGUGGGCUGUUCCCAAGGUGGCUGCGUAUACCAAUACGACAUUCUCGGCCGCGAGAACUCAAUGACCCCCAAGUUCCGCACCCACUGCAACGGCAUCACAAGCAAGAAGGCCGUCUGUGAUGACAAGAACAUCACAACUAUUGUCUCCCCUGCUGCAAACCCGGACUGGAAUGUCGAUGUCACCCACACCUGGAAAUCCAGGCUCAGUGGCAGUAGCCUCGCGACUUGGUUCCAGCACGGCGCGAAGAAUGUUACCGUUCCGGACCACAACCCGAUUCAGUUUGUUAUGAAGCCUACUCAGGAGUAUGGUGUUGCUUAA